UGCUCAACAGACCCUCCCUGCUACGUCCGGGACUCCACGGCUGCCGCUGCCUCCGCCGCCGCUGCUGCUGCUGCGUUCUCAGCGCGCGCUUCUCCCGGUGCAGACAAGAAAAAAAACACACGAAGCAAAGAUGAUUAAUCUGGGAACAGAAUUAUAAUGGAAAACGGCAACUGCAGAUGCAGAAGGAAGAUACCCCAUUUUCAAGCAAUUUGAGGCUGCUUUGCAUCAGCCUGCAGAAUUGGUUUCUGCUGUGGCUUAAGCAGGAUGAACAAACCAAAGAGGGAUUUUCUCUUCUGCAAAAAUAGUGACAGUUGUCCUCCUUAAAGUAAUUGAGAAGACUACAUGCAAACAUUCUGAAGAAAUGAAAGAAGUCGAGCUCUGGUCACGCAAGGAAGUGGCAGAUUGGUUGUUGGAGAAUGCAGUGCCCGAAUACUGUGAACCGCUGAAGCAUUUAUCUGGGCGUGAUUUGAUCAACCUAACUAAGGCCGAUUUUGAGAAACCCCCUUUGUCGCGAGUAACUUCUGACAGCGGGCAGCAGCUUUUAGACAUGAUAGAGACUUUGAAAAUAGAACACCACAUCGAGGCACACAAAAAUGGGCACGCCAACGGCCACCUCAGCAUCAGCACAGAAGCCCCAACCAGUGAAAAUGGCUUCAGCAAAGCCCCCAAACCAAAUGGGGUGCCGAAUGGCUACAGGAAAGAAAUGAUAAAAAUCUCCAUGCCGGAUCUGGAACGUUCUCAGUAUCCUGUGGAGUGGGAGAAGACGUUUCUGGCUUUCCUUUAUGCACUCUGCUGUUUCUUCCUGACCACGGUGACAAUCUCAGUUGUCCACGAACGAGUGCCUCCCAAAGAGGAGGAGCCCCCACUUCCAGAUGCUUUCUUUGAUUACUUUAACCGGGUUCAAUGGGCCUUUUCUAUCUGUGAAAUUAAUGGUUUGAUCCUUGUAGGACUUUGGUUAGUUCAGUGGCUGCUUUUAAAAUACAAGUCUAUUAUUGGCAGAAGAUUUCUUUGUAUAGUUGGCACAUUGUACUUAUACCGGUGUAUUACAAUGUAUGUAACGACACUUCCAGUACCUGGCAUGCAUUUCAACUGUUCGCCAAAGCUUUUUGGCGACUGGGAGUCACAUAUGAGAAGGAUCAUGAAGCUGCUUGCUGGGGGUGGUCUGUCAAUCACAGGAGCACAUGACAUGUGUGGUGACUAUCUAUACAGCGGCCAUACGGUGAUGUUAACUCUGACAUACCUAUUUAUCAAAGAGUAUUCACCUCGGCGAUUCUGGUGGUAUCAUUGGAUUUGCUGGGCUCUCAGCAUAGUCGGGAUGUUCUGUAUUCUUUUAGCUCAUGAUCACUACACUGUGGAUGUGGUGGUGGCUUACUACAUCACUACAAGACUUUUCUGGUGGUAUCAUACCAUGGCCAAUCAACAAGUGCUAAAAGAAGCUUCUCAGACUAAUCUUCUUGCACGGGUGUGGUGGUACAGACCCUUCCAGUACUUUGAAAAGAAUGUCCAAGGCAUUGUACCACGUUCCUAUCAUUGGCCUUUUUCCUGGCAGGCUUUGCAUCUGGGCCGGUCAGCAAAAUACAGCAAACUGGUGAAUGAUACAUAACAAAUAACAAUAAGGAGAUGGCGAGAGAACUGUCCAAAAGUGCUCGGAACUCCCCUUGAUGUGACGCCAUAGCAAUUGAACUGGUCCCUUAAUUCUACCUUUUAACCCUUACCUUGACUUUAAUCUCUUACCUGGUAAGCACUGUGAUAACUUUUUUUUCUCCAAAGGAUCUGCGAUGGACAACAAUAAAGUUACGGUAACUUAU